AAAAUCAGGGAAAAUAAAGGUGAGCCCAUCAAAAUCCUCAUAUAGUUCAAGCUCUCGCGUUCCCUAAAUUCAAAGCACACUGGCAUAAAAUAAGGGCUUGAUUCUGGUGUACUUCAAUCCCCAAUUCGAUAAGGACAAAAGCUUAGUUACAAAGAACCAAAUACACAUAUAAUUUAAUGCUCCUGUUUGCCGCUUUAUAUAGUGCACACGUAGCACAAGUCUCUUUUUGAGUUCAGAGACUCGCAGUCUAAGAAACUUCAUCACUAGAGAGCAUUCCCUUGAGGCUGAAAACGAUGGAAGAAGGAAUGUCAGGGUUUUACAUCAAAGCCGCCGGAGUUCGCGGCGGUCAUGGCGGUGGCAACGGCGGCAGCGGGGGUACAAAGUGCGGGCGGUGGAACCCAACCGCCGAGCAGGUUAAAGUUCUGACCGACCUGUUCAGGUCCGGACUUCGGACUCCGAGCACUGACCAGAUUCAGAAGAUCUCCACUCAGCUGAGCUUUUAUGGCAAGAUCGAGAGUAAGAACGUGUUUUAUUGGUUUCAGAACCACAAAGCUAGGGAAAGGCAAAAGCGUCGAAAAGUAUCGGUCGACGAUCAAAUGAAGGAGGCCAUCCGUAGCGAGGAGAAGAUUUCUUCUGUCAAACAUUUCAUUCCGCAUCAUGUGGUGGAGUCCGAAAGGGUGAUGGAAACUCUUCAGCUUUUCCCUCUCAAGUCCUUCGACGAGUUGGCAGAACCGGAGAAGCUCAGGUUGCGUGCAACCGAGUGCCGAGACUUCGCGCAUGGUUUCGGGACAACGAUGGAUCAUCCAACACUAGAUCUCAGAUUAAGCUUCCUCUAGAUACCAAAGAAAAGGAAAAAGAAACCAAAGAUUGUAAUCUUUAGGGAGGCCUAGCUAGGGUUUAUCAUGAACUAAGAGAAGGAAAAGAAAGUGGAUCCAGGAAACGCAUGUUGCGCAGUGCUCUAGUAGGAAAGACCAAUUGUGUGGUGAUGAUCUUUCUGGGGUUUGAGUAUAAACGAUGGUUUUCGAC